UUUCCUCGAUUCACACGUAUUUUCGCAAUUUAGUACUGAUUAAUCGGCGAUAGAUUUGUUUAAUUGAUUAAAUAAAGAGACAUAAGAGUCCUUUGAAAGUUAAUUGAAAACUUGUGUUAAUGUAAGUCUUUUUACGUGGCAUUGGUGAUGCUAUCAUAAAAAUGGUCACUUCUAAUAAACAACCCGAUCAAAAGGUUGUUAAAAUGGAUGAUCAAAACAAUGGUGCAGUGGUUCCUCAGAGAACUCUGCUAGGCGAAGUGAAUGAACACAUUACAUGUCCAUUAUGCCACGGUUAUUAUAUUGAUGCAACCACCAUUGUAGAAUGUUUACAUUCUUUUUGUCGAAGUUGCAUUAUAAAACAUCUGCAAGUUAAAAGCUACUGUCCCGUGUGUGAAAUGAUGAUUAACUCUGCAAAGCCAAAUAUCAAACUGGAUAAGGCUCUUCAAGAUAUUGUUUACAAGCUAGUUCCGGGACUUUUUCAAAGAGAAAUGGAAAGGAGGCAACAAUUUUAUUCGUCAAGACCUGGGCCAGCCGCUUCUGCUACUCCAGAACAAAGAGGUGAAGAUACUGAAAGGAUAAUAUUUAGCCCUGAAGAUGUAAUUUCCUUUUCACUAGAAUAUUCAGACCUAACCGAUGCAGAUAGCAUAUCCAGUAAGUCUUCUGAUAGUAAUGAACCACAAGCCAAUACAGCAGUUCCCAGAAGAUAUUUGCAGUGCCCAGCUGUUGUUAAUAUUAAUCAUCUUAAAAAGUUUUUGAGUAUGAAGUUUGAUAUUGAUAGCACACAAUUUGCUAUUGAUAUAUUAUAUAAGAGGGUUCCUUUACCUGAUUAUUACACACUAAUGGAUAUUGCUUACAUUUACAACUGGAAAAGAAAUGAGCCAAUGAGAUUUUUUUAUCAAAUUAUAGAUUAUGUAGCAAUACGUAACAGGUUGUUUGAUGUGAACAGAAAAGGGUCGCAUUUCACAGAUAGGAAAUCAAGUCCUACAGGCACUGAAGAUACUAAUGCUAGCAGUCCAGCACCUAAUUUGAAUGACCCAGGAGAGCUGUCAUCAGGAACUGAUAGCCCCAUGCCUGACGAAAGCAACAAUAAGAAAUCCCGGGAAGUUUUAAAAAAAAACAGUAUGUUUUCCUCAAAUAUUUCAAAGGAUGGAAAUUCCCCUGGACAGUGCUCAACAGACAAAACCAGAUGUACUUCUCCUUUGAAGAAAAAUGAUGAUGAAGUUGAAAAAUCUCAGUUUUUGAAUUCUUUUGAGCUCACAGCUAAAAAUAACUCUGCUAAAAAUAUUCAACUCAAAUCAAAUAGUGAAAAUAUAUUAUUAUCGCCAAAAGAAAUUAACCUAGUUGAAAAGAAUGAGGAGGGCUUAAAAAGAAAACAUGAAGGUACCAAGAAUUUACCUGAAAUUAAAAAAGUUAAAAUUGAACUAGAAAAGGCAAAACUGCCUACUGGUCAAAAUGUUACACCAAGCACUGGAAUUGUAAAAUCUUGUUUAAGUGACAGACCUAUAAAAACAGAAAUUAUUGAAAAAGGUGUUGAAAAUUCCAAUAAGACUUUAACAAAUAAUGAACAUAGUGCCAUGGGAUCCACAGUACCAGUUAAAGAUAUUAAGCCACCUCCAGCAUUGUCUACUAAACAGAACAUGCAAGAAAAUGCAGGUCAAAAGCGAAAUGUUUCAACAUCUCAAACAUCAUCUUCACCAAAAAGAAAACCAACAGAGUCAGUAUCUGCUCAAUCAACAACCACACAAAAGUUGGUCUCUCCUUUAAAAUUACAUAUCCAUAAAUCUGAACCACAAACCUCCAACACAAAGCAUAGUGAAAGCUUGAAACCAGUCAUGAAGAAAAUCCCUGAGUUGAAAUCUAGUUUACCACACACUUCUACACAAAGCAAAGGACAGACUCCUGGUAAACUGAGAAUGGAUCUUUUAUCAAAUAAUUGUGAUCCAACUAGUGACAGAAGUAAAAUAAUGUCACAAGUUAAAACAUCAUUACCAGGUGCAAGUACUGCUCCUACAAGUGGAGACCCCUUAAAAUCACUAUUUGACUCCUGUAAAAUUAAUAUUCCUUCCUCACUCUCAAUAACCCUGACAGACCAAAAAUUAGAUGCAAAAAGUCCUGUUGACCAAAUCACUGCUGAUGCUAAGAAAAAUAUAAUGAACAAGAAUCUUUCCACAGCUUCUAAUGUGCAACAUAAGGUUCCAAGUCCUCCAGUACAUAAUUACAUAGAAAUACUAAAAUUGCCCGAUACUGAUCCAAAAAAGCAAGUAAAAACUGAAAGUGAAAAAGUUAUUGCAGGAAAUAAGACUGAAGGUAGUAAUUCUCAAACAAAGCAAAUAAAAUCUCCAGAAACAUCGGCUAAAGGACCAGUCCCUAAUCUAAAACCUAUAGCGGAUGCCAAAUUACCAAAGCAAGGUGGCAAUUUUACAGGGCCUAUAACAUUUCAACAAACUUUUGAGCAGCAAUUUUUACAAGGUGAUAAAAAAUCAAAAUUACCCAAAAAUAAGGCUCAAGUUCCAAAACUGGUUCCGGCCACAUCAAAAUCUUUUGCCUCGAGUAAACUUAACAAUCCCAAUUCAAGUAAGUUACCUUCUACUGGCAGUCCGGCUACAGAAACAAAGUCAAGUAUGGCUCUUGAUUUGUCUACUCCCCAUAAUUUACCAAGUCAGUUGGGACCACAACAAACAAAAGCUUUUGAGACAAUGCAAUCAAUUGCUAAUCUCGCUAAGAAACAAGGUAUACAAACUAAAGGCUUGCCUCAAGCUAUAAAUCAGAUUCGCAACUUUCCAAGUAUCUCUAACAGGCCAUUAGGUUCAAAUGUUACGCCAUUGCGAGUUCCAUCUUCUAGUACAUUAAAUCAGUUGAAAAUGGAGAAGAUUAGCCCUAACUUACCAAGUGGGACUCAGGCUCCCCUGAAACAGGAAAUUACAGCAAAGUCAAGUACAGUGAAGCAAAUAAAUCCUACUAAUCCAAAUGUGGCAUCUCCUAGUUUUCAAACAUCUUCACAGAAUACUUCCAAUGCUACUCAACCAUCUCCUAGACAGACUCGCUCUCCAAGUUCUUCACCAAAACUAGUGAUUGCAGAGGAAAAACAAGCAAAUAAUGUCUCCGAGCAAAAUGCUAAUCAGUCAAAUCAAAUUACAAGUACGCAGCUAUCAAAUUUGGGAUCUGCAAAAACCGAUUCAGCUAAAGUUUCACCAGGUCCUGCUAAAUCACUACCUAAACAGUUAAGACCAUUGGUCCCAAUGGCAAAAAUGACAAGUAUUAGGCAACCAAUCACUUCAAAUAUAAAUUCUAAUCCUACUAUGUCUUCACCGACUGACUAUCUGUCUCAGCCUCAACUCCUAACUCACGCGCAGAUAUUAAGACACCAAAUGGAAGUACAAAAUGCUUGGUUAGCACAAAGACAGUAUGAUUUGCUUAAAAAUAUGUCAAGCAUGGCACAAUCCCAGAAUGAUUUUAAUAAGGAAAAGCAAUAAUAUAUUUUUAGUUUU